AAAAAGAAAAAGAAAAAGAGCAUUACCACUGAUACGUGAAGAAGUAAGCAUGCUCCUAGAAAAAGAAUAGAACCAAGAAAGUGAGAGAUCAGACUUUGGAAUUGUAGUCUGUAGAAUCAGUUGGAGAGAAAAACAAAAACCUGCAACUUCCAUGAACCUCCACAAAGGAAAUCUCACUUGGGUUCUUCAUUGUACUCCCCGUACAUUUGGUUACUUUUUUAUCUGAAACCCUGCUCUUUCUUUCCUUUUCUGCUGCUGCUGCUUUGCACUUUCCCCUUGCAGAUCUUGCUGAUCUUUUUCAGUUAUCAUUUGGGAUCGGCUACUUGAAAUUCCAAUCUAGAAAGUAGCAGGAUUUUUGGGAAUUGAAGUAUAUUCCUUGGGAUUUUAGAUACCAAUCUAGCACGGUGGAAAAGUGAUCUAAGACGAGCAAGUCUGCACCUGAAUUUAAUUGAUUGUCGAAAAUCAAAAAGGGGAUCAGUUGGGUCGGUGUUUUGAGGAAUCUGUACCUAUGGGGGAUUGUGGGUCUGUGAUUCCAGAGUUGGAAGGAGAAGAAGACUUGAUUGCUGCGGCGAAACACAUUGCAAGGGCGUUGGGAUCAAAAAAGAAUCUCACUGACAAUGCCAAGAAAAUUUUGGCAGACCUUAGCAGUCAAUUGUCUAACAUAAGCACAGUCGAUGAAAUCAAGGUUGAUACACGCGGUGAGCUUGAAGGACAGCUAAAUGUUAUUCAGGAGAAGAUUAUGAGGUGGGAGACAGAUGAGUCUAUGAUAUGGGAUUCUGGUCUUGAUGAAGCUACUCAGUAUCUGAAUGCCACUGAAGAAGCCAGGAAGUUGGCUGAAAGGUUGGAGACGUCGUCUUUGAAUAAAGAUGCUGGGGAAAAGGAGCUGUUGAUGAGGGCGCAUGAUAUCCUUCAAAUAGCAAUGGCAAGGCUUGAGGAAGAGUUCAAGCACAUGCUUGUUCAGAACAGGCAACCUUUCGAGCCAGAGCAAAUGUCUUUUCGUUCAAGUGAAGAGGAUGCUACAGAGCUGGGUUCUGUUAUCUCUCUUGGAGAUGGUUCAGUUGAGGAAUCAAUUAAUAGAGACAACGUUAGCAGAACUUCAGAGGAUUUCAUCAUUGAUUUGGUUAAUCCAGAAGUUAUUUCUCACCUCAGAAAUAUUGCAAAUAUAAUGUUCAUCUCCGGUUAUGGUCAUGAAUGUUCACAGGCAUAUAUUAGUGUUAGAAGAGAUGCCUUGGAUGAAUGUCUCUUUAUCCUUGAAAUGGAGAAACUUAGCAUUGAGGAUGUGCUGAAAUUGGAGUGGGCCAGCUUGAAUUCCAAGAUUAAGAGAUGGGUUCGGGCUAUGAAGAUCUUUGUGUCGGUCUAUCUUCCUAGCGAGAAAUGGCUCACUGAACAGCUUUUUGUAGAUCUUGGAACAGCUAAUCUGGUUUGUUUUGCUGAGGCUUCAAAGGCUGCAAUGUUGCAACUAUUAAAUUUCGGCGAAGCCAUAUCUAUUGGCCCCCACAAACCGGAGAAGUUGUUUCCUCUUCUUGAUAUGUAUGAGGUUCUUGCAGAUCUACUUCAAGACAUAGAUUCUUUAUACUCAGAGGCUGGUUUUGGUGUUAGAAAUGACUGUCGUGAGGUUCUAAGGAGAUUAGGGGACUCUGUAAAGGCAGCAUUUCUCGAGUUCGAGAAUGCCAUUGCCACGAGUGUGUCACCGAAUCCUUUUGCAGGAGGGGGCAUUCACCAUCUCACUAGAUAUGUUAUGAAUUAUAUCAACACUCUUACUGACUACCGUGAGACUCUCAAUUUUCUCCUCAAGGAUCGUGACAUAAAGGAUCCCAUUUCAUUGUCCCCUAACUCAAGUCCACGCACAGAAGAAGAGAACAUAAGUGGAAGGACAUAUGCUGCUUCCUCUAUGGCUCUCCACUUCCGAUCAGUUGCUUCGAUUCUAGAAUGCAACCUCGAUGACAAGGCCAAGUUAUACAAGGAUCCUUCUUUGCAGCAUAUCUUCAUGAUGAACAACAUACACUACAUGGCUCAAAAGGUUAAGAAUUCAGAACUAAGGCAUAUAUUUGGGGAUGACUGGAUACGAAAGCGCAACUGGAAAUUCCAACAGCAUGCAAUGAACUACGAGAGAACUACUUGGAGUUCAAUCCUGUCUUUGUUGAAAGAUGAAGGAAAUUCUGGUUCUGAUUCUGUCUCAAAAACCCUUCUCAAGGAGAGAUUUCGGAGCUUUUAUCUUGCUUUUGAGGAGGUUUACAGGACUCAAACGUCAUGGUUAAUCCCUGAUGCUGAGCUUAGAGAAGAUUUGCAAAUUUCAACAUCUGUGAAGGUGAUUCAGGCCUACCGAACAUUUGUUGGAAGACAGAACAAUAACAUAAGUGACAAGCACAUUAAGUACAGUGCCGAUGACUUGCAAAAUUAUUUGCUGGAUCUCUUCCAGGGAUCUCAAAGAUCACUGCACAAUCCCUGCAGGAGAUGAUAUAACAGAAUUACUUUUGUAAUUUAAUGAGGAAUGUUAUUUUCUUCUCCUCUGCUCUUGCGAGUUCUAUUUUGAUAACAUAAACAGUUGUUUCCAUGCCAAACCUCAACUAGUCAUUGUAUCUUCUGAAAUCUAAAUGUGGGGUUCCAGAAAAU